AUGCUGCAAGCUAGCAAACCAGCAUCACGAUUCAUUGGGCGCCUUCCCGCUGACCUUCAUGUCUUGAUAUUGACGCACCUUUCCAUCCCAGAUGUUGCGAGAUACGCCAGAGUCAGCCGGGCUGCGCAGCGAGUCGCGAACGACGAAAAGCUGUGGGAGACGCGAUGGGUUGAUCUGGGUGUUGACCGGCACAAGCUUGGGGAUGUGCUAGACACGCUGGAAUCCUCGAAGACCAGCAAAGGUAAUGAACGGGGGGACAGAGGGAAUACUAGCACGGGGCCUGCGACCAUCGCUGUGUCCUCACUGGACGAUGGCGAUGACGACGAUUUUGGUGACUUCGAAUCGGCGUCUGCCAACCAGGCCCCCCAACUUCUGCUCGAUCUCACAGGCGACACGGCACCGCUGAACCAUGUAUUCAGGACCCAAUCUACGACUACGUUCCGUGGAAAAUAUAUUCGCGCACAUACGCUCCUUGUACCCUUACUACCCUCUCUCGAUUCGUCUGCACAUGCGAUCCUGGCCUCGAUAGCGUCGACUACGCCCUCACUCUCCGCCCAAGGUUGCACUCUCCACCUGCUCACGCGGUUCCUCUCGCCAGCCAUCAAACCAGUAUCUUCAUGGGACAUCCGCCUCGCCUUGCUCAAAACCGCCCUUGACAGAUUCGACGCGGGUCUCUUGAGCGCGUUCGACAUGGCAGACACGGAAGGGAACGAGGAGCGGAUGGCAGAGGCUGCAGCUGCAAGCUGGCAAGUCUGGCUAUGUCUGCAUCCGGAUGGGGCCUAUAAAAAAGGCGGCGGCAGCAUGCGAGACGAAUGGGAAAUGGGGCGCACGUGGGCGGAGAAGAGGGAAGUACUCUACGAACAGGGGAAAUGGGACCCGUUGGCGAACAUCACAAAGGAGAAGAAACUAGACUUCACUGCGAUGGACGCAUUUAUGUCACGCACGCUCGCGGCCCUGCAGGAGGACGGUGCGAUAGCAAUGCGAGUGUUCCCCCCUGAAUCUGGCGUGUUACUUGCAUAUGCAGAGAGGCUAGCGGGAGAAGUUGUUGGGGAAUACAUAUCUCCUUUGUUAUCGGAGACACGCAAUCUCGGAACUCCGCUUUUUCUUUCUGCAGCUGCUGCAUGUUUCAGAGAGGCAUGGCGAGUGGUUGACGGACUCAGUCUCGUCGCGUCUCAUAGAUCGGGAAACCCACCUACACCCUCAGAAACUAAACGAAACAGUCUUAUGAUCAAUCCUCCGAAGCGGGAAGCGGUCAUAACGAGGGAGCAAGCAGAAGAUGUCAUCUUCAAAAUGUUCGAACCGCACAUGGACGAUUACCUCGACGAUGAGCUUGACGAGCUCAAGCGCACUUUCGAGAGCAUUUGCAGACAAUGGGACGCAUCACUUGCGCGCAUUACAGAUCGACGUGGGUUGCCCUUCGUUCCCCCUCUUACUUUUCUUCAAGUCCGCCGGGAACAGCAAUGUGCUCGUUUUCUUGAUUCUCAAAACCCCGCGCUCGCUAAGCGCAACGUACUGGCUUCCUUCACGGAUGUCCUUCUCCUGCCCGUGACAAUCGUACCGCGUGCCGUCGGGGCGGGCGUUGGUGCCCUAGGCACCAAUGUCGGAUCUGGAUUGAACGCUAUGGGCACUGGUGUGGUGCAAGGUAUCUCGAUGCUGAAUCCACAACGGUGGAUGGGGACUGGUGCCGAUUCUUCCAGCACCACAACGGAGGCAGGAUAUAAGAGUUUCGUUGACGAUGGUUCGUUAUUCGAGAUCGGUGAAGACGAGGGGAAUGGAGGCACUGGAGAAACCGAAGCCACCGAAGAAGCACAGUAUGCAGUAGGCGAAGAUAUCGAUGAUGAGGCUGGGUGGGGGGAGAUAAGCGCGAGCCCAGCGGAAGGAACUGAUGGCGCCGCUCGCGAUGAAUCUGGUGACCAGGUGGCCGCCAAACCUGCAGCUACUAGAGCUGUCUCUAAACCUUCCCGGCGCAUGGCCCCACCCACGCAACACGAACCGCUUGAUCAUGCCCAACCAUUUGCAGCACUUGACCUCUUGCUAUCCCUGGACGUUUCGCUCGAACUUAUCCAUGCGUCGCGGGACGCACUCAAGCGUCUGGAGACUUUUAGCACUUAUCCACGCCCCAUCGGCACGCGCGUUCGUGAAACAUUGGAAGAUGUAUUUUGCGAGAUGCUCAGCACACUCUCCACAAGGCAUAUUGCAAGAGGGUUUGGCAUUGCAACGGAACGCAUGAUGGUCUACAAGCCUGCAGAACACCAAGAAACGACGAGUGUUGCACCAUUAUUACAGUUCUUCGAACUCGUACAUAUCGGGGACACCAUACAGAGCAUGGUGCAACUGUUCUUCGACAAGGAAAUGGCAUCGUAUAUCGAUAGGACGGACUUUUUGAACGCAGUGGUACGAGAAAAGAAGAGAUUCGAGAAUUCGCUUGAUGACUGCGUAGCUGCCGGAUUGAACGGCGGUACGCAGGCGCUAAUGAACCAGGUCGAGCACAUUAUUAUCACACGCACCAAGCCACGGGAGUAUUACCCGCAGGAAGACGCACUUCUAGAUCUUGGACCUACGCAGGGGUGCACGGAAGCUAUCAAGUGCCUCGAGUCGCACUGUAAACUCCUUCGGGGAAGUACUAGCCGCGAGGUGCUGGAGGUGUUCUAUCAAGAAGUUGGAAUUCGACUGCUCGCGAUCCUUCAGAAGCAUAUCAAACGUCAGAUCAUUUCCUUGAGCGGGGGAUUCCAGGUGAUUGCGGACUUGAACGCAUACCAUGCUUUCAUCGCAUCCCUCAAGGUCCCAGCCAUUACUGCUGAAUUCGACCACUUGAAAAUGUUAGGGCACGUGUUCAUCGUGGCAGACGCGAAAGACCUGGCCCAGAUUGUACGUGAUGUAACACGUUACGGAGGUGCAUACCGACCCGAGGAUGUUUAUGAAUUCAUCCAACGGCGUUCAGACUGGAAGAAGAUUGAAAAGACUGUAGACAAGACGAUGUAUAACUUGAGCUUUAAGGAGGAUUGUGUUGUUUGCUGA